UCUCUCUCUCACAGCGAAACGAAACGAAACGAAACCAAAAUUCUCAAAGCAAAGCAAAAAAGCCAAAGCCGAAGCGAAAGACGAAGACGAAGACGAAGACUGUAAGAGAUUGGAAUCGCAUACGAUACUCUGAUCAGAGUCUGAAUUCUGAAACCAAAAGCAAAUCCAUGGGGAAGAGAAAAGAGCGCCGCCUCGCCGCUCUCAACAACGCCGGUCGCCGCGUCAAGCUCGAUCUCUUCGCGGAACCCCCUGGAGAUUUGGGUGGCUCUACUGAACAUGAUGAAGUUGGAGGUGAUAAAGAUUCGAAACAUCGUGAUGGAUUACCCAAUUCACCAACUUCUUCAGGUGGGUUCCGUCGGUUUUCUUCAAAAGGACUAUGUAGAAAGGAAUUGAGUGCUCAACAUUGUUUUGGUGGAAAUAUGGAACUAUAUGUACAAGACUUGUUAUGUUGUUUGCCCCCAAGAAAUUGUUUUCAGACUGUAGGGUGGCUGUAGUCUUGGGAGCAUUCAUCUCAGAUCAGGUCGGGCCCUGCCAAUGUGAAAUUAUGAAUGUCUCCCAAUCGUUGUGCCCUUGUUGGCAGCAUCGAAGCAUUUUGGAGGUUUCGACAGAAAUUUUGUUCUAUCGGUCAGCAACCACCUAAUCCUCUGCAAUUGCUUGGGCAAUAUAGUGAUGAAGAAUUUGAUGAGGAACCAAAUAAAGGGCUUAAUCAUGAUGAGGAACCAAGUAAAGGACUAAAUCAUGCCAGAGUGGAAAGCUCCUCACCUAAUGAUGAGGUUAAGCAUUCACUUGAUGAAGAUCAUAAAGACGUGGAUGUCAGUGUUGAUGAAGACCUUAUUGGUCAGAAGGUCAAACAGCAGGAAAAGGAGAGGGAGUCUGUUCUACCUGAUGUUUCCCUGAAUCUGGAGGGCAGUGAUAAAAGAGAAAUUGAUCCUACAAUAUCAGCUGAUUUACAACAAGAAAUGGAUUUGACAGAACAAAAUUCCAUUUCUGAAACUUCUGAUGUACAAGUUAUCAGUGAUGUUACCUUAGGCUGGAAGAUAGUAAUGCAUGAGGAGAGUAAUCGCUAUUAUUACUGGAAUACCGAAACUGGAGAGACGUCAUGGGAAGUGCCUGAUGUUUUGGCUGGGGCGACUGGAUUGACCAAUGGUCAGACAACCCCUACUAUUACUGAAACAGCAGAGACUGCUCCUGUGGUUGUAGAAGAGUCUGACAUUACUUCAAGUGCGAUAUUAGAUGGUUCUUCUGCUGCCCACCUAUUUCAAGGGACAAUGGAUGCCAAUAUGAUUCCUCAUGGGAUAGAAGUGUAUGGGCAUGCAUACCAGAUGGAUGAUUGCAGUCAAGCAUACAAAACUGAAGCUUGGAAGGAUUCAAGUUGGAGCACUGUUAUCAACUCAAGAGAAUUGGGAGCUGGUUCUGAGAAGUACACACAUGAACCAGCGGUUGAUCAUUCUUUUCUUGUGAAACAGAGUGAGUGUUUGUUAGAGAGAUUGAAGUCAUUUCAAGGGUCCAAUGACCACCUACAGGGUCAGGACUUAAUAUCGAAGUAUAUUUGGGAAAUUGAGAUCAGACUUUCUGAUUUGAAGUCACUUUCAUCCUAUGGCUCAUCUUUGCUUCCAUUUUGGGUGCAUUCUGAAAAGCAGCUUAAACGGCUGGAAAGUGCGAUUAAUGAUGAAAUUUACAAGAUUGCUGUAUCUGCACAUAUGGAAGCAACUGAGGCAACUCAUGUCUCUACCUUCAGUGGAAAGGACAAAUUGCCAGAAAGCAUGGGUUAUGAAUCUGAAGCAGAUGGAACUGAAAAUAAAAAUGUUCUUUCUACUUCUGAACAGUCUGAUGUUGCUCCUUAUGUAGACGCAUCAACAGAAGACCAGAAAGAUCCAUGUGAUAAAGUGCCUUUUGUAGAUGCUGAGCAUGUUUCUUCAUUUGGAUCACCAACCAGAGGUUUAGGAAGUGGUGCAGAAGUUAAUGAACAAGUCAAUGGGGCUCAAUUAGGUGAUGAAUCAACUCACAAGCAUGGGUUUAAUGCUGCAGAAGAUGUUGACAUGGAUGUGGACAUGGAAGUUGAAGAUGCAACUUCUUCAGGCAACACAAAUACCGUGAUUGCAUUGAACCCUGUAGAUUUUGCUCCUCCUGAGCAUCUAAUUGAGAAUCCACCUGCUGAAAUCCCAUCCUUGGUUUCAGAGGAUGGGUUUACUGUUCCACCUCCUCCAGAUGAUGAGUGGAUUCCCCCACCCCCGCCUGACAAUGAACAUAUUCCUCCACCCCCGCCUGAUAAUGAACAUAUUCCUCCACCUCCGCCUGAUGAGCCUCCUGAACUCACAUAUCCUCCUCUCCCAUCCUACACAGAGACCAGGCAACCGAUUUCUUAUACUGAUCAAUACAAUUUAUUAUAUCCAGAUUCUAGUUUUGAAUAUCACGGGCAUACAGUUGCUCAAGUGCCAAGCAGUAGUUUAUAUGGACAAGCUGAAGGAUCUCAAGUUGCCGUGCCCCAUGCACCAAUUUACUAUGACACAGUUCCUACUACAUAUAGUGACACUGCUGUCAUUGUUAACUCUGUUGAGCCUGUAGCUUAUUAUCAAUUUCAAGAUGGAACAGUACCUUCUGUCCCUGUAGGUAGUGGUGGUGUCGAGGCCACUUUAUUUCAGAGUGUGUCAGCUUCUAUUAGCUAUGACACACUCCCAUCUGAACAAAUUGUAUCUGUUGACCCCUUCAUGGAAGUUGGCCAUAAUUCAUCAUUAAAUUUGAAUGUAAAUAGUUCUGCUAUCGGCAGUGAGACUGAGACCAAUAAGGCAUCCAUAGAGGUUCCUUCUACGUCAGCUACCAUCCAAGCUCCUGCAACCACUUCAGUAAAAGAGAGUGUUUCUGUGCCACCAACUGAUACUGUUGCUGCCACAUCAGUGGGUAACAAGGUCCAAUCUAAAGCUUUGCGUAAUAAAAAGCGGUCUAUUGCAGCAGCUCCUUCCUUGAGGUCUAAUAAAAAAGUAUCCAGUUUGGUGGAUAAGUGGAAGGCAGCAAAAGAGGAGUUGCUUGAAGAUGAGAAAGAGCCUGAAGAUCCUUACGAGAUCUUAGAGAGGAAGCGACAGAGGGAAAUAGAGCAAUGGCAUGCACGGCAAAUUGCUAGUGGAGAGGCCAAAGAUAAUGCUAAUUUUCAGCCUCUUGGUGGGGAUUGGCGUGAGCGGGUGAAGCGCAGGAGAGCUCAAUUAGCCAAAGCAAGUGCAAAGACAAAGGAACAUAAUGAUGGAAACCAGCAGCCGGAUUUAAUAGAACUGUCAAGAGAUCUUCCAUCAGGAUGGCAGGCUUAUUUGGAUGAAUCCUCGAAGCAGGUUUAUUAUGGGAAUACUGACACAUCAGAGACAACUUGGACCAGACCAACAAAAUGAGUCGUUAUUGGAAUUUUGAGGGACGUAGCUCCAAAAUUCAUGUAGUUUUGAGUUUUUUGGUUGUAAUUUUUUCCUGGUUAUUAAUUUAUAACCCUGUAUAUCUUCGAAGGCAGAUUAGGGAUAACUACGUUUUUCUUUGUAAGAGCACAAAUGAACAUGUUUCGUGCAUUACUUUGUUAUUUUAGAAUGGCCAAGAGAAAGCGCAAAAGAAGAAAGA